AUGGAACUGUUAUCUCUUUUAAGUCUCUUAAUACCAGGAGCUGCCAUUCUGUACAUCUUGUACAGAUGGGUGGUCCCGGCUACAGUUCGCCAAGCUUUGGUGCUGAUGUGGCACGACGUCUUGUUGGAGAUGCUAAUGGACCGGAUAACAAGCUCCACUCGGCCACAGAGAAUAUUGCAUGCAGUACAGAAGAACGCCACUAGAGGGGACCCUUGCAGCGUGGUAAAGGCCAUUGAUGAUUACUGCAGACAUAAAGAGUGGGCUAUGAACGUAGGGGAUGAGAAAGGGUGUAUUGUAGACUCUGUGGUAUCUGAGGUGAAGCCCACCACUGUGUUAGAGCUGGGGACCUACUGUGCCUACUCCACAGUGCGCAUAGCCAGCCUCCUUCCUCCUAAUGCCAAACUCAUUACACUUGAGUUUAACUCAGAUUAUGCUGUGAUUGCUCAAGAGGUCAUAUCUUGGGCUGGGCUUCAAGAUAAGGUCCAACUUGUGGAAGGAGCGUCAGGUGAAUGGAUUCCCAGAUUGAAGGAGGAGUUUGGGGUUGAAACUUUUGACUUGAUUUUCCUGGACCACUGGAAAGAUCGCUACCUCCCAGACACUAAAUUGCUUGAGAAAUGUGGACUUUUAAAGGCUGGCUCCGUUUUGCUGGCAGACAAUGUCAUCUGCCCUGGAACUCCUGAUUACCUGGACUAUGUUCGGAACAGCCCACAGUAUAAGAGCAAAUUUUUCAAGUCACAUUUAGAGUAUACACAAGAGGAUGAUGGUCUAGAGAAGUCUGUGUUCUUAGGGUAG